AUACAUCCAAGACCUCAACAUCCCAAUGCGUCACCUCCUCCCCGCCCUCACCCUCCUCCCCAUCCUCACCUCCUCCCUCCCAACCACCCGCGAGCUCGCCCCCCUCCCACUCGUCAUCUGGCACGGGCUGGGCGAUGACUUCCAACGCGACGGGAUGCGCUCCGUCGCCGCGCUCGCCGACGCCACAAACCCCGGAACCUACGUACACCUGAUCCACCUGGCCUCCAGCGGCGCCGGCGACCGCCAAGCCAGCUUCCUCGGCGACGUGAACGCCCAAGUCGACCAGGUCUGCGCGCAGCUGCACGCCGACAACAUCCUGCGCACAGCACCGGGGAUCAACGCACUGGGGUUCUCGCAGGGGGGCCAGUUCCUGCGCGCGUACAUCGAACGCUGCAACGACCCGCCCGUCCACAACCUCGUCACGCUGGGCAGCCAGCACAACGGGAUCGCGGAGUUCCAGGCCUGCGGGGCCAGCGACUACCUGUGUCGAGGCGGCGAGGCGCUCCUGCGGUGGGGCCGGUGGUCGAAGUUCGUGCAAGAGCGACUCGUCCCUGCGCAGUACUUCCGCGACCCUACAGAGCUGGAGGCAUAUCUGGAGCAUAGCAAUUUCCUAGCGGAUGUGAACAACGAGCGAGGGGUCAAGAAUGCAACGUAUAAGGAGAAUCUGGCGCGGGUGAAUCGCUUCGCGAUGUACCUGUUCGAGGAGGACCAGAUGGUGCAUCCGAAGGAGAGCGCGUGGUUUGCGGAGGUGAAUGCGACGUCUGGCGAGGUGACGCCGUUGCGGGAGCGGGAGAUCUACAAGCAGGAUUGGCUGGGGCUGAGGGAGUUGGAUGAGAAGGGGGCGUUGGAGUUCAAGACGGUCCCUGGGCCGCAUAUGCAUUUGUCGGAGGAGGUGUUGACGAAGUUGUUUACGGAGUACUUUGCGCCGGUGGAGGUUGAUGUUAUCGCGAGCGAGAGGGAGGGUCUGUGGGUUCAGGCUAAGGAUGUUACGAACCCGCUGGUUCAGCAGGUUGGGUACUAGUAGCGAGGCUCUGCGCUCUAUGAUCUUAAUGUAGGUAUAUUUUAAACGGAAUGGCACCCCAUGCUGGAUAGUAUAUAGUUAAGCUGUGGAUUACUUGUGCUACUAGAUACAUGUAGUCAUCGCCAUUGAGAAACAAGAGAAACUAUUUGAACAAUGGUAGAAUUUGCA